GGCCCGCGAUGGCGGCUAUAUAAUACAGUAGGACAAAUAUUCUAGGGGCUGCCCCGAAGUAUGCAGCCUCAGAAAGGAGUGACUUUUUGCUUUUCCUCGCUUCACUGUCCCAUCCCCAGCAGACCCAUGUUCUUUUCUCUUCCAGUGGGCCACAGAAGACUCCCGAGGCUGAGCACUGAAGAGAUGGCGACAAGCCCCCUGCCAGGACCUACGGACAUCCUGCUCUCCUCCCCCUCCAACACCUACCAGCCGGACUCCAUGAGCCAGCAGCGAGCCAGCCACGCCAGCAUGAAGCCUAACCAAGUGGGCCAGGUGAUUUUGUACGGAAUCCCCAUCGUGUCUUUGGUGAUCGACGGCCAGGAGCGGCUGUGCCUGGCGCAGAUCUCCAACACCCUGCUGAAGAACUUCAGCUACAACGAGAUCCACAACAGGAGGGUGGCGCUGGGCAUCACCUGCGUGCAGUGCACCCCGGUGCAGCUGGAGAUCCUGCGGCGGGCCGGGGCCAUGCCCAUCUCCUCCCGCCGCUGCGGCAUGAUCACCAAGCGGGAGGCGGAGCGGCUCUGCAAGUCCUUCCUGGGGGAGAACCGGCCCCCCAAGCUGCCGGACAACUUCGCCUUCGACGUGUCUCACGAGUGCGCCUGGGGCUGCCGGGGCAGCUUCAUCCCGGCCCGCUACAACAGCUCCCGGGCCAAGUGCAUCAAGUGCAGCUACUGCAGCAUGUACUUCUCGCCCAACAAGUUCAUCUUCCACUCCCACCGCACGCCCGAGGCCAAGUACACGCAGCCCGACGCCGCCAACUUCAACUCCUGGCGCCGCCACCUCAAGCUGACGGACAAGAGCCCCCAGGACGAGCUGGUCUUCGCCUGGGAGGACGUCAAGGCCAUGUUCAACGGCGGCAGCCGCAAGCGGGCCCUGCCGCCCGCCCCGCCCCAGCCCGGCGCGGCGGCGGCCGCCCAGUGCCACCCGCUGGGCUCGGUCAAGGCGGCGGCCGCGGUGGUGGGCGGCGGGCUGCUGAGCCCGCACCUGCUGGGGGCGCCGCCGCCGGAGCUGCAGCAGAAGCGGGGCCGCUUCGAGGAGGACGAGGAGCUGGAGGGCGGCGGCAAGAGCCAGCGGAGCUACCCGGUCAUCCCGGUGCCCAGCAAGGGCUCCUUCGGCGGCGUGCUGCACAAGCUGCCCGGCUGCGGCGGCCUCUUCCCGCACCCCUACGGCUUCCCCGCCGCCGCCUUCGGCCUGUGCCACAAGAAGGAGGAGGGCGCGGCGGGCGAGGCCCACAAGGCGGCCGGCGGCCUCUCGGGCCUCUUCUGGCCCGGCCGGAAGGACGCCGCCUUCUACCCGCCCUUCUGCAUGUUCUGGCCGCCCCGCGCCCCCGGCGGCCUGCCGGUGCCCACCUACCUGCAGCCGCCGCCGCAGCCGCCCAGCGCCCUCAGCUGCUCCCUGGGCGACGGCCCCGGCCUGCUGCGCCAGGCCUUCCUGGACCUGGCCGAGCCCAGCGGCGAGGCGGCGGCGGCCGCCGGGCUGGGCACCCCCCCGGCCGCGGCCGCGCCCCCGGCCAGCAGCAGGGACCCGCUCUUCGAGGCGCCCCCUGGCGGCGGGGACGCGGCGUCCCCCGCGGCGGAGGCGGGCGGCGGCGGGGGCAGGGUGCCGGCUCGCCACCCCCACCUGCUGGAGGGGCCGGCCGGCCGCAAGGCGGGCAGCGGCUACCACCACUCCAGCGCCUUCCGGCCGGUGGGGGGCAAGGAGGACUCGGAGAGCCUGGCCAAGCUGCACGGGGCCAGCAGCGGGCCCCACCACCCGGCCUCCCCGCGGCUGCUGAUGCAGGAGGAGCCGGGCUGCCAGCGCCACCCGCCGCCGCCGCCCCAGCCCCCGCACCGCCUCCUCUCCCCCGGCGGCACCAGCUGCAGCUACCCCAGCGAGGAGAGCAGCGAGGAAGAGGAGGAGGAGGAGGAGGACGAGGAGGAAGAGCAGGAGGUGGACGUGGAGGGGCACAAGCAGCCGGAGGAGGAGGAGGAGGGGGACCAAGGGGUGGACGCCCUAGGGGGGAGCAGCCGGUACCUCCAGAGCCGGGGGCUGACGGAGAAAGGAGGAGGCAGCAGGGACCGGGCUGCUGCUACUGGCCUCUUCUCCGUCAACUCCUCCAGGCAGCAGCAAGAGGAGAAACUCGGGGACACCAGUGCAGAGCUGCAUCCUCCUCCCCCUGGCCCCCAGAAAGGGGGGAAUAGCAGCAGCAGCAGCAGCCCAGUGCACCAUCCAUCACUGGAGGAGCAGCCCUCCUACAAAGAUAAUCAGAAAAGCAAGGAAGGUAACCAAGUCGUUUUGGCUACAAAAGAGGACAGUAACUUUUCAGAUAAGAACAAAGAGCAUAAUUUUUUCAUCACAGAAGAGCCUUCAGGAGGAGACUUCUGGCGAGAUAUAGCAGGUGAACACACGCAAGAAACCAAUUCACCUCAUUCACUGAAGAAGGACGUAGAAAACAUGGGGAAAGAAGAACUUCAGAAGGUUUUGUUUGAACAAAUAGAUUUACGGAGGAGAUUAGAACAGGAAUUCCAAGUGUUGAAAGGAAACGCUUCUUUCCCAGUAUUCAAUAAUUUUCAAGAUCAGAUGAAACGGGAGCUGGCAUACAGAGAAGAAAUGGUGCAGCAGUUACAAAUUAUUCCCUAUGCAGCAAGCUUGAUCAGGAAAGAAAAGCUCGGCACACACCUCAGCAAAAGCUAAAAGAAGCACAGGAUCCUCUGCAGCUGUUAUCUUGUAAGAUACAACCCACCACUCAGAAAUCUGAUUUGUAUAAAGACUGAGAAAUGGAAGGGCUUGGGAAUUUAAAAUGCAAACAAAAAAUUCAGGUUCCUGUGAGCCCAAGGACAAGUGACCUCAAAGCAUCAUGGACAACCAUGUAAAAUAGAAUGUAGCAGCCAUUUAUUAGUAAAAACAAAAACAAAAAAAUCAAAAAAUGCCUGUCCUGGAUCUUUUGGUGGUACCAAAGUUUAAGUCUCUGUGUUUUUAGAAGGACAACUGAACUUGACAGAGUCUGAGAAAAUGCUUUUGAAGCACAUGGAGAAGCCGCGAAAGGAACUACUAAACCUUUCAACGCCACAAACACUGGAAGCAUCUGCAAGUUCAUCUUUUGCUGUUGAAUAGUGAUUGUUUUAUGGAAAGAAAUGUGUGUCUUAUCAGAUGGGCCAGAAUCACCUUUGACUGAAUGGAAGGAAAAGCAUUAGCCAUACACAGUGCUUUUGAAAAGCAGACUGAAAAUUCUAACGCCCCCUUCCUCCCGGCCCCCCUCCUCCUCCUCCUCCGGUACUUUGCCUGCUGUAUGAAUUAAGAUUGUACUCUUCUGGAAAUAUUUUACAAUUUAAUAUUGAGUGUAAUUAAGAAUAUAAUCACUUAUCAAAAAAAAAGGUAUUUAACUCUGUUGUAGUUUCUUUAUCAUUCAUGUGGAUAAAAAGUCUAUAAUAAAAAAAAAGAAAACUGACAUAAU